AUGUCCGCCGAUCACGUACGUGUGGACUAUAAAGUUGAACUGAAUGAUGAACAGGAUGCCGGGAAAUGGUGGUGCAUGUUCCGUGGACAAAGUUCCGAUCCGAUCGAGCUUCAAUAUCAGCCAGCAGAGAAAAAAACUGUGGCUCUACCGCAGUUGAACCCCGAAACUACAAAAACCCCUGGUUCCCACAACACUACCCACGUUGUGCCGUUAAACGGAAAUGGUUCUGCAGUGAAACUCGUGGUGAAAAACGCCACUCAUGAGACACAGUCUAGCAUUGUAGAUACCGAUCUCUUAUUCGGUUUUCGAUGGUUCAUCGUCUAUGAGAAGUUCCAUCACGAGACCUACACUCCAACAUAUAUGCGUACUGUGAAUGAAGUACUAGAUACCACCAUCCCUACACAAGGAAGACGCUAA